AUCUAACCUCUUCGUAAUUAGUUUGGGGGAAAGUUUAAAAUACUUUUCAAUAGGAUUACUUACAUGAAUUAUUUAAAUAAGUACUAAGGAUCAUGGAAGAUAAACAGAAAAAGCUCCACUGCUGUCCUCACAAUGGUUGUACAGCUUCAUUUACUAGGCCAUACAGAUUAACUGACCAUAUGUAUUCAUCUCACACCAAUGUUAAAGCUUAUGCUUGUAAAGAAGAAGGAUGUGAUAAAUCUUAUUCCAAUAAAAGCCACUUAAUCAGACAUAUUAACAGUGUACAUAAAAAAGUGGCAAAUGAUGUAAUCUACAGUUGCCCAACUUGUAUGAAAAGUUAUGUGAACAGACAGAAUUUGAAAAGACACAUAAAAGUUCACCAAACAUCUGGAACAUCUUAUUCAUGUGAUUUUUGCAGAGCAGUUUUUAAAAGGAAAACACAAUUGAAAGCCCAUUUGUAUCAACAUACUGGUAUAAAGUCUUUUAGUUGUGAGUUUUGCCCAAAAGAUUUUGUAACUUAUUAUGAGAAGAAAAGGCAUCUAAGACAUCACAAAAAAUAUGGAUGCAGUCACUGUGAACUGGUAUUUGAAGUCUGGUCCAAGUACCAGAAACACUUAAAAACAGAACAUUAUCCUAAAGAGUACAUUUGUAAUGAAUGUAACAGGAGCUUUAAAAAGAGAUGUCAUAUAGUGCGGCAUAUUAAAAUACACGAUGUAAAGCAAGUUGUGUACUUUUGCUCAUAUGAAAAUUGUCACAGAUCCUAUACCAGUAAUAACAACCUGAAAGCCCACGUCCUGACAAAUCAUUUUAAAAUAAAAUUUGAAUGCUAUUUAUGCAAAGCUCAACUCUCGUCGAAGGCUGUUUUGGACAAACAUAUAAAGGCCCAUGUUCAGUGCCAAGAAAUAAGCAGAAAAGGGAAGAAAUCUAUUGAGCGCAAAAAGAGGAAAGAUUUAGGCAGUGUAAAAGGGUGUACUGCUAUGAAACUAGCUGGCAUUAAUAUUUGUGAAAGUGGUGUAAACAUCGCAACUGAUGUAACUGUCAACUAGUUAAAAUCAAAAAAAAUAAUUUAUUAAACUGCUACUAUUUUUGUAUGUUUUAGAAUGAGUCAAAAUAAUGAUCUCAAGGUUGAGAAGUGUUGUCUUUACUGUAAGACUUAUUCAGUUGUUGGUUUUUUUCAAUAAAAAAAUGUAAUUAAAUUUAAAA